AUGGAAUUGCUUCCCCCAAAGGCUAAAUUCAUAGUAAAAGCGAUUGGAUUAGAUGAGGAUACCGACUAUGAGGUGGUCAAGCAAACUCUGAUUAAAUUAUGCAGACCGGAACCCAAUCUUCCACGCCUGUCAACCUUUAUGAGGAGAGAAGUUAAACCGGAAGAUGAUAUUGAAGUUCUUGCAAUGGAAAUACAAGCAGCAGUUGAAAGUCUGCUGUCACAUCCAAUCACGGAAGAAAUAAUUGAAUUUAUUGCUAUUGACGCUUACAUCUAUUCCUCCAAUUCCCAAUUAGCCCAAUAUCUGACUUCAAAGAAGCCCAACACCGUAAAGGAGGCUCUAAGACUAACACACAGGUUCAAGGAGAGGGUUGAAAAUGAUAAC